AUGUUGAACCAGUCACACCACGCUGCCUCAGGUGGAGUGGUUUUAUUUUACGGCGAAAGGCUUCUAAUUUUCUACGAUGGAUGUGAUAUAAAGCUUGGCAACCCUUUAAAUCAGAAGGGUUCUGGACGGGUUUAUCUUACUUCGCACAGGGUCAUAUUCACAAACCGCUCUUCAUCUGCCGGCUUACAAUCAUUCAGUAUGCCAUUUGUGCUCAUGAGCAAUGUGGAUAUCAAGCAACCCGUUUUUGGUGCUAAUCGGAUUGUUGGUGAGGUUAGCGCUGAUGUCAACUCAGGAUGGAACGGUAAAGCUGAGUUCUCGCUCACAUUCAACCGCGGUGGUGCGAUCGAGUUUGGACGGGCGCUAAUCGAACUCGGUCGACGAGCCUGCGCAGCCAAACAGUACUUUGCUCCUCCACCACCCUACAGCCCACAAGCCGUCGGCGCAGCACAAUACUACGAUUGCCCUCCACCAGCAUACGCCCCUCCACAGGCGGAUCCUUACUACAACUUCGUACCACAGCACGAAUCGUUCGGCGCACCACCAGCGCAGACUCUUUAUUACGUGGGCUGUCCUCCACCUUACCCAGGAGCGGUGUCACAAACUGGCUCUGCUUGGGGAGUCGCUCCUCCGCCCACAGGGCCACAACAGCAGAUACCACCCUACCCACAAACGCAAGUACCACAGUAUAAUAACAUGCCCGGCGCAGGAACGAAUUUCAACAUUCCGAACCAGUCUAACAUGAGCGCUUCACAUGCUGCUAAAGCUGCCGAAGCGGCCGCUUCAGCAGUGACUAUGAAUAACGUUCAACCUGGCUACUACUUCCAAGACAAUCCGCACACGGUCUACGCACACCCGUCUGCCCCUCCUCCAAACAUGGAACCUCCACCAUUCCCUGCUGGGAGUAGUGCGAGUGGAAAUCAGGAUCCCCCACCCUACUCAUCGGGUCCAGCUUCUAAUAAUCCAUAUGAUAAGAAGAAUCAAUGAGGUUACCCGUCACAAAACGGAUAUCUCUGCGCUUUCAAUUUGCGCCGCAUUCGCGACCCCUGUUUCCGUUUAAUCUCUUAUCCUGACUGCCCUUCCACCACAGCACCCUAUAUUGUCAACUCAUUGUCAACUGCAUUGACAUUACUGCCAUGUGAAACUAUUUGUUGUUGCUCUGCUUCAUCUAAUUGUUUCUGAUUCGCUGACUACAGCUUGACAUCUGCACGACAUUUGGGAUGCAUUCCUCAACUCGGUGUUGUCCCCGAACUAUUCAUUUCACUGAGUGACUUCCAUUGUUUUUUAGGAUUGGUAUAACAAAUGGAACCACAUUUUGGCCAUCAGACACAUCUUUUGUUUAUGUAUCGUAACGUGGCGUGGGGGCUGCUUUGUUCAAGCUGAUCAUUUGUGG